AUGGCGGCGGCAGGAGGGGAGCCCCGAGGGGGGCGGCGGAGGCAGGAGGGCGCGGCGGAGCAGCAGCUGGUGCAGCUGAACGCUGCGCGAAGUGACCGCUCUCUUUCUUCCCUUCCUCUCUGCAGGUUCAGCACCUCCCGCCAGACCCUCACCUGGGUCCCGGACUCCUUCUUCUCCAGCCUCCUCAGUGGCCGGAUCUCCACCUUGAAGGAUGAAACGGGUGCUAUCUUCAUCGACCGGGACCCUGACAUCUUCGCUCCCAUCCUAAACUUUCUCCGGACCAAAGAGCUUGACCUCAGGGGGACCAGCCUCUCACUGCUGCUACACGAAGCUGAAUUCUACGGGAUCACCCCGCUAGUUCGCCGCAUGGAGCUGCGCAACCAGCUGGAAGAGUCGUCUUGUGGGAGCGUCCUUUUCAAUGGCUACCUGCCACCUCCAGUGUUUCCUGCCAAGCGGUGGAACCGUCACAGUGUCGCAGGGCCGCAGCCAUCUGGCCGGCCAGGGAGCCUCUCGGAGCGGGGACACGUCCGGCGGAGCAACACCAUGCCCCCCAACCUGGGCCACGCUGGGCUGCUGGGACGGCUGCUGGAGGAAAGAGGCACGGGCGCUGCUGGCGCCACAAGCGACCCGGGCAUGGUCCGCCUCGUGUGCGGGCAUCAUAACUGGAUAGCCGUGGCCUACUGGCAGUUCCUGGUCUGUUACAGGCUGAAAGAGACCUCCGGGUGGGAACUGGCCUUCUGCAGCCCCCGGCUGGACUGGGUCAUUGAACGGGUGGCACUGAAUGCCCGGGUCAUCGGCAGCUCGCUGGGUGACAGCGACAAGAUGGUGGCUGCUGCAUCCUGCAGCGAGGUUCUUCUGUGGGCGCUGCAGCCCGAUGGAAGCGGCGUGGAGAUUGGUGUGUUCCACUUGGGGGUCCCUGUGGAAGGCCUCCUCUUUGUGGGCAGCCAGCUCAUCGCCACCAGCCACACGGGCAAGAUGGGUGUCUGGAACAGCGUCACCAAGCACUGGCAGACUCAGGACAUGAGCCCGAUAAACAGCUACGAUGCAGCCGGCUCCUUCUUGCUGCUGGGUUGCAACAACGGCUCCAUCUACUAUGUUGACGUGCAGAAGUUCCCCCUGCGCAUGAAGGACAACGACUUGCUGGUCACUGAGCUGUACCGUGACCCCUCUGAGGAUGCCAUCACUGCCUUGAGCCUCUACCUCACGCCGAAGAGCAGUGACAGCGGCAAUUGGCUGGAGAUCGCCUACGGCACCAGCUCCGGCAGGGUCCGGGUGAUUGUCCAGCACCCAGAGACGGUGGGCUCGGGGCCUCAGCUCUUCCAGACAUUUGCUGUCCAUCGCAGCCCAGUCACAAAGGUGAUGCUCUCAGAGAAACACCUGAUCUCAGUUUGCGCUGACAACAACCAUGUCCGCACGUGGACAGUGACCCGCUUCCGUGGGAUGAUCUCCACGCAGCCAGGCUCCACCCCCCUGGCCUCCUUCAAGAUCUUGGCCCUGGACUCUGCGGAUGGCCAGGGCGGCUGCAGCCUGGGCACGGAGAUUGGCCCCUUGGGGGAGCGAGAUGACCAGCAGGUGUUCCUCCAGAAGGUGGUGCCUGACGCCAGCAAGCUGUAUGUGCGCCUCUCCUCCACGGGCAGAAGGAUCUGCUCGGUCUGCUCAGUCGACGGGGCUCCCAUCACGGCCUUCACGGUGCAGGAGUGCGAGGGGUCCAGCCGCAUCGGGUCUCGCCCACGCCGUUACCUCUUCACCGGCCACAGCAACGGCAGCAUCCAAAUGUGGGAUCUGACCACGGCCAUGGAGAUGCUGGAGCGGGCCCCAGAUGCCGGGGCUCUCUCCGAGGAGGAGCUGCUCCAAGAGCUGGACCACUGUGACUUGGCGCUCAUCCACACCCCGGAGCCGCCCCCUGCAAGGCCUGCCACCCCCGUGGGUGCCCCCUGUGCCUCCAGCCCCAGCAGCAGCAGCUUCCAGUUGGCCCGAGCUGGUGGGGUCCCCGAGAAGCCGGCCCUGGGGCCCCCGCCCCUCCCCUGCCGUCCGCCCCAGCCUCUCCCCGGAGCCCACAGCCCUCCAGGUGGCCUUGCCCGGCGGCGGGUGAGUGGGAACUUGGUGGAGCGAUGCCACGAGCUCACCUGCUCCUCAGAGCAUGCCCAGCCGGAGAGCUGUUGGGCCAUCCGUUCCCGGGAGACGGCCAGGGCCAGAGCCAGCGGGCAGCACCCCACGGGCACCGGAGACCAAAGACUGGCCAGUGGGACAGAACCCACCUUCCCCCUGGCCACACCCAGGCGCCCCCUCAGCGAAACCUCCUUCUGA